AUACGGAAUCUUCCGACUGAUACGAAUUACUUAUUUCGAAAGAUGGUAAAUCGUAAGUUGAAAACUUGCCAAAAAUGGCAAAUACAACGUGAGGGAAUAAAUCUGAAAAAGAAAUAUUUUGUUGAACUAUAUGACUAUAGCAACAUCGUAAUUUAUCGACCUCCUAUCUGCAAUAUUAUUAAUGCAAUUAAUAUUUGUGAAUAUAUUUUUUCACGCAAUUUCUACAAUCUUUCAUAAGAGAAAUAAAACAAAAACAAAUCAAUAAAUGGUCGAAGAAAAUUCUAACUUCAAAACAAAUGAAGUGGAACUUGGCAAUGUGAAAGCACCUUAUCAUGAGCUGGAAAAAUCAAGAAACAUCACUUUACUGGAUUACAGGGAAAUUCCAUUUUAUCUCCGUGGAAACCCCUAUAUAACUACCGGAUAUAGGUCGUUUUUAUCUUAUGGAAAAUGUCUUAGAAGUUUGUUGCAGUUGAAUAACGAGACAAUAAAUAUUUGGACCCACCUGAUUGGAUUUUUGAUAUUUUUUAUUCUUUUUCUUUACACCAAUGCUGUGGUUAUCCCUCAAGCUGAAGGAAACCAUGCUGAUCACAUGGUGUUCUCAUGCUUCUUGCUUUUCUAUCAGUUGUGUAUGCUUUCUUCUGUUGGUUAUCAUAUGUUCAAUUGCCACUCAGAGAAAAUCUAUAACAUUUCUAUAAGAUUAGAUUAUGCCGGAAUCUCAUUGGCUCUUUGUGGAUGUUAUCUACCCAGUUUAUACUAUGCUUUCUAUUGUGAAACUAAUUUACAAUUGUUGUACCUGUUUGCCAUCAUUAUCAUGUCAACAAUGUCCUUACUCAUCCAACUUCAUCCUAAGCAUAUGUCAAGCCUUUGGAAAAGAAAAAGGAUUAUGAUCUUUUCCGCUCUAGGAAUAUUUGGUGUGAUACCAUCAACACACUGGUUGUGGCUAAAUGGAGGCUUUACACAGGAAAUUGUUCAGAUUUUUCUUCCAAAAGUGAUGAUUAUGUAUUUUCUUGGGGUAGUGGCAUUUGGAUUCUAUGUCUCUAAGUUCCCAGAAUCAAUAUUUCCUGGACAUGUUAAUUACAUUGGUGCAAGCCAUCAAUUCUGGCAUGUUUUCAUUGUCAUUGCAUUUUGUUGGUGGUACAAAGCUAGUGUCAAUCUUUUUCUCUUUCGCCAAGAACACAAUUGUAGCAUACAAAAUAAUUUUCCAGACAUAAUGGUAAAUUAAAAAUCUGAUUUGAACACUGAGGAAUAUAUAAAGUAAAUAAAGAAGAGACAAAGUUGGACUUUGGUAAAAUGCUUGUCAAUUAAGGAAAAACAUGAAACUAAAAUUUUUUUCCAUGGUAAUUAUGAUACUGAAUAUCUGUGCAA